AUGAUGGAACUUGAUGAUUGUAUUAGCAAAGAUUGUGGAACUAUUUAUCGUUUUCAAUUUGCAAGUAUUGCAUUUCUUUGUGGUGUUUUAUUACCAUAUACUUUUCAUACUAACAUCUGGUCUAUUUACACAAAACCAUUUUCUACAAUUGAUUGUUCUCGAUCAUCAGAUCUAAUAUUAACACAUUUGUCAAAUUCAACAUCAAAAUCAAAUAGUUCCAUUUGUUGUUCAUGUGAUAAACGUUUGUCAUUAUAUUGUGCUGAAUUACUUGGUAGUAGUUCAAAUUAUGAAAAACAAAAAGCAACGGUUAUUGAAGAGUGGAAUUUGGUAUGUGGAUCUGAUAAUAGUAAAACAGUUUUAUAUGGUUCAGUAUCAUUCUUAGUAGCAGAAUGUAUUGGUGUACUAAUGAUAAAUAGUUUUGCUGAUCAAUAUGGACGGAAAUUGUUAUUAUUAAUGUGUUUGUAUAUUCCAGUGCUAUUUGGAUCAUUAGCAGCUUUUACGACCACCUACACAUUGUUUAUUAUUUUAAGAUGGCCAGUUGGAUUUUUGAAUCAGGGUCUAUUGCCACUUGUCUUCGUUAUGGUAAUUGAAUCUUGUGAAUAUCGACAUAGAGCUCAAAUUGGAUGCCUCUUAUUAGCGUCUGUACCCGUUUUUGGGAUUAUAGUUGGUGUUACAUAUUUUUUCAUUGCCGAUUGGAGACAUAUUCAACUUGUUGGCACACUAAUUACCACACUGACUCUUUGCUAUCCAUGGUUAAUACCAGAGUCACGGCGAUGGUAUAUUAAUAGUCAUCGUGUAUCACGAAUUAACAAAUUUUUAAAAUUAUGUUCGAAACAAACAUCUGGUCUUGAAAUAGUUUCAAAAAAUUAUUCAAAUGAAAUAUUACCCACAGAUGAUAUUCGAGGAGGUAGUACGUUAAUCGGUCUAUUUUUUGAAAGUCGUCUUCGAACAAUUACAUGUUGUCUAUCCAUACUAUGGUUUCUUUCAUCAUUCUGUUAUCAUUGCGCACUAUUUCCAAUUAUCGUAUCGCAACCAGCAAUCAGUUUUGUCUUAAUGAAUGCUGUAGAAUUUUUCUCAUUUAUUAUUGCGUUAAUUGCUGCUUUCAAAAUCGGUCGUCGUGCACCACUAGCUGUACUUACGUUAAUUAGCGGAUUAUCCUCAGUUUCACUGGCUAUAACAUUAUUGGGAAAAGAAUAUUCAUGGCUCAAUAUUUCAUUUACGCUACUUUCACGUGGAUGUCUCCGAACUUGUUAUUGUCUGCUGAUAUUGUAUUGCACUGAACUAUAUCCGACAUCGGUUCGCUGUGUUGGAUUAGCUCUUGGUCUUGCUGAAUCUAUUGUUGCUCGUCUUAGCGUUGAAGUUCUACUGUGGUUUUCAAUUGAUCGUUCACUACUAUUAUUUAUCUCAGGUGGCUCAUUAUGUUUGAGUUGUUGUGUUGUGUUUCCACUACCUGAAACACUCUUAUAUGACUUACCCGAUUCCCUUACUGAUCUGGGAUCAAUGUCAAAUAACAGUGUAACAUUUCGUUCAAAUCAAACAUUUGAUAUAUCCUCAAAUCUAGUCGAAACCAAUAAUAAUAAUAACAAUACUUCUGAUCCAACAAUGACAACGUCAGUUAAUAAUCUUUCCACGAAUAAUGGACCAAUUCGAUUACCAGCUACUACCAAUCUACAUCCAUCAAUACUAAAACAAAAAAGUGUAACAAUUCAAACGAAACCGGAAAUAAUCAAUUCAUCGUCAAACAAUUCAACAUCAUCCACACCUUCAUCACCAAAUCUAAAAGCAAUAAAUAAUCCCCAUUAUUAUUUUUCAUCAAUAAAUGAUACUGAUGAAUCAACAAGACAAAAUAAGACAAUGAUACCAAAUAAUAGUAAAACGGACCUGUACAGUAUCGAACAAAGAACAGAUAAUAAAGUAGUUAUAAGUAUUCGCGGAGAGGAACAAGCAACAAAAUUUUGA